AUGUUGGGAUGCAAGCUUGCAAUUUCACUAAUUGAUCGAAAGGAAAAGUUGAGCGGAGAGGUAGGAGAGUCCGUUGAUUACGAGAGGUACCAGAGGUUAGUAGUUCAUCUCAUCUAUCUGAGUCACCCUCGUUCCAAUAUAUUAUUUUCUGUAAAUGUGGUGAGUCGCUACAUGCAUGAUCCGAGGAAGGGUCAUCUGGAUGCAAUAUAUCAUAUUUUGAGGUACAUGAAGAGUACACCAGUGAAGGGGUUGAUCUUUAAGAAGAAGGAACAUGCAAUCAGUGAGGGGUAUUGUGAAUCCGACUGGGCGAGUUGUAUGGAUGACAGGUGA